CUCUUCCCUUACGUCGUCCAUUGAUAAUUUCAUUUUCUUUCUGAUUUCAAAAACACACUCAAAUACAAAAACAGAGCCCCCAAACUACCAUACCCCCCCCCGGCAAAACGCCACCGUAUAAGCAUGAGCAGCUCAUCCGCUUCCUCUCGCAAGGCACUUAGUAAGAUUGCUUGCAAUCGCCUGCAAAAAGAGCUGGUAGAGUGGCAGGUCAACCCUCCCUCUGGUUUCAAGCACAAAGUCACCGAUAAUUUUCAAAGGUGGGUAAUUGAAGUCAAUGGAGCUGCGGGAACUUUGUACGCCAAUGAGACCUAUCAGCUUCAGGUGGAUUUCCCUGAACAUUACCCUAUGGAAGCCCCUCAGGUGAUAUUUCUUCAACCAGCACCUCUCCAUCCACAUAUUUAUAGCAAUGGCCAUAUUUGUUUAGAUAUCUUAUAUGAUUCAUGGUCCCCAGCCAUGACUGUUAGUUCUAUCUGUAUCAGCAUUCUCUCCAUGCUAUCAAGCGCAACUGCUAAGCAAUGUCCUGAAGACAACGACCGCUAUGUAAAGAACUGUAGAAACGGUCGAUCUCCAAAGCAGACCAGGUGGUGGUUCCAUGAUGACAAAGUUUAAUUGGCAUCGGCAUCUUACUGCAUCUACAAAGUUAAAUGCUCGAUAACUCCUGUAAAUGAUUAUAUGCUGGUAUUUUCGUAAGAGGAAGAGAAAAGACUUUCAUUGUUGACUUGUAAGGAACAAAGCACUCUCAACGAAUGGUGUUUAACUCAUAUGAGAGAUGCUUGGUGCAUUGGAAGCACUGAGCACAUGAAUGAGAAACCAUAUCAUUC